AUGGUCCCUCUCAUCGACGCGGCCGCGCUCGCAUCCGCCGAGAGCGCAUCCGACCCGGCGGUCGUCGCUCUUGACGCCGCGUGCAUGGAGUCGGGCUUUUUCCGGCUCAGCAGCGCCGCCGUGCCGUGCUCGCUUGUGGAGGGCGCUCUCGACGCGGCAUGCGGCUUCUUCGCGCGGCCGCUCGAGGAGAAGCUGCGGCACUGCGGCUCGGCCGCGACAGGGUGGAGAGGCUACACGCCGAUGGGCGGCGGCCACAACUGCUCGCCAGCCUCGCGGCAGCCCGAGCGGAAGGAGAGCUUCUACUGGGGAGAGCCGGACACCGACGGUGAUGCGGCCGCGCCGCCAGCCGCAGAGCUCGCCGCCCUCGACGCCGCGGCGCGCGUCUUCCACGCGUCGAUGCUCGAGGCGACGCGGGCGGUGCUGCGCGGCCUCUCGCUGGCGAUGGGCAUGGCUCCAUCCGCUCUCGAGGAGCGCGUCUUCACCGCGCCGUCGGCAAAGGUGCUACUGGUGGCGUACGACCCGGUGGAGAGGUCGGAGCUCUCGUGCGGCUCCCACACCGACUGCGGCUUCCUCACGAUGCUCUGCUCGCGCGGCGGGCGAGGCCUGCAGGCCGCGCCUUAG